GGGGCAGAGCCAGGGCCACAUCGGCGGAGGAAGGCGGGCAGGCAGGCAGCGGAGCGGGGAGCCGAGCCCGAGCGACAGGUCCCUUAAGUGAAAGAAGAUGGGGUCUGGCUGCCUAAAAGUCACCAAGUACUUCCUCUUCCUCUUCAAUCUCCUGUUCCUUAUCCUGGGCGCUGUGAUCCUGGGUUUUGGAGUAUGGAUUCUGGCCGACAAAACCAGUUUCAUUGCGGUUCUACAGCUGUCAUCUCCCUCCCUGAAGACUGGUGCAUACAUCCUGAUUGGUAUUGGAGCUCUCACCAUGCUGAUGGGGUUCCUGGGCUGUCUUGGAGCAGUCAAUGAAAUCCGAUGUCUCUUGGGUCUGUACUUCACCUGCUUGUUGGUGAUCCUCUUAACUCAGGUUGGUGCUGGAGUGCUCAUCUACUUCCAGAAAGAUAAUCUGAGAAACGAAUUGUCCGACGUAGUUAAAAGUCUGAUUAAAGAUUAUGACCCUUCGAAUGACGAUCAGAGGAACGUCCAAGAUGCGUGGGACUAUGUGCAAAGACAGAUUGGCUGCUGUGGCUGGACUGGAGCAAUGGACUGGGAAGAUAAUGAGAUUCUCAUCAACUCAAGUAUGACUGAUUAUCCCUGCUCCUGCUCCAAUAGCUCCAAGGACUGGGAGGCAGGUACUGGUUUCUGUAAUCUGGAUGACCCUGUCAACGGCACGGUGACGUCCGCCGACUGGCCUAUUCAUGAGCAGGGAUGUGCGGAUGGUGUAGAGAAGUGGUUGAAGGACAACCUUGGUAUCAUUCUUGGGGUCUGCACCGGUGUUGCUGUUAUAGAGCUGCUGGGGAUGAUACUGUCCAUUUCGCUCUGCAAGAACAUACACAGUGAAGACUACACCAAAGUGCCCAAGUCUUGAGUCAGCUAACUCCAGAGCUACGGCACCACAGAGAAAGAAGCAAAAAAGAACAUUCCUGCCUCAUAACCCAGACUGUCCAACCAUUGACCAUUAUUCCUGUGACAUCCCAUUCCUGAUACCGCUCUGCUAAGAACUGUUAGAGCUGCAAUACAGCCUGAUCUUCUGGCAAUAGGGCCCUUGGGCCACCUGCAUCCUGCCUCUGGAUUCUUUCUACUUCAAGAAGCAGAACUUACCUGUCUCGUAUCACACGAGACACCGAUUUACCAGCGGGGACAAUGCUUUUGCUGCCUGCUCCUUGUUAAACAAUACUAUUCAUAUCUCCAUUCUACAACCCGCUGGGCCUAAUAUACAGUAACUCCUCUCCCACCUUGUUCUCCCACCCAUCUUUCUCCCUACCCCCAGAAGUCCCAUCUCUUUGUCCCACGAGCCAGGACUGAUGUUGAGAUUCCAGUGCUUUGGUAGCUUCACCUACUUCACUGAUUUGUGGUGGUAACUAGUUGUGCUUUAUAGGCUUUCUCCUCCCUUGCAGCUACCCUGAUUCGGCUCCUGCUGUGCCCCAUCCAACCUAGGCUCUCAUCUGAAAUACCCUCACACUUGCUUCUCCUGCUCCUGGAGUCAGCUAUGGCUUGCCUUCAGCAGAGCAAUUCCCUUGGAACAUGAUGAAAACCACCAGGAGGGAGCCAAACCUGCCCAUUCAUAGCGGGACCUGGCAGGUGGUGGAGGUGGUGGUGCCCAGCUGCUUCUGGAAUGGCUCCCUCAGGUUCUGGAUUUGACACGUAGAUGUUUCUCCCACUUGCCUCUUCACCUUUUCUUCUCGCCCCCCAGCACUGCUUUGCUGGCUCCUGUCAGCUUGGAGGCACUUCAGAGCCGGCUGCGCAGCGGGGACUCGGCCCCAGCCUGGCUCUGCGGGUUGUGUUCUUGGGUUGCCAACUUUUAUAGAGGUCACAAUUGACUUGAUUCUCCCCCUGCCCCCUUUAUGAACAGAAAACUUGUCCGCUGUGGUUUUGAAUUAUGAAUCUGGAGGGAUCUGACUGGGUUGCUGAUGCUGUGUAUCAGAGAUAUCCCAGCUACCAGUGCCCAGUUUAGGUUCGGUGGUUUGGAUGCAAGGAUAAGUUGCUUUUAAUUUCAGUUGUCCAGUCUUCUGACUCCACUGCGGUCCGGAGCCACGGCUGCAUCCUGAGCUCCUGUCUCAAGUGAAAGCACUGCAGUAGCUGGUUCUGCAGUUGUGCAGGCUGGUGGGCUUCCAUAAUUAAUGUCUGGGCUGUUGGCUCCAUUCAGCCAAUGGCCAGCAGCAAGGAGUGGUGUGGAGCAGAAGAAAGGAGGAAAUGUAUGGAAAAACUGCCCCAGCUCCUUAGAUGGGCACCUCAAUCCAAGAGAGAUCUGGAGGUGCUGGAGCGAGUGCAGAGGAGGGCAACGAAGCUGGUGAAGGGCCUAGAAGACAAAUCAUAUGAAGAGCAGCUGAAGGAGCUGGGGCUGUUUAGU